CGUCACUGCUGAGAGGCGGGACUUAAUAGCCUGAACAUGGCGGCUAACCUUCCCAAGAUCUUGUCCUUCGCUAAAAAUACGAGGACUUUACUCAUUACUUCGCGGUUUUCUGCGGUGCCCGUUCAGAGAUACACUGUCCCGGUUACUAACUACGGGGAGAAAAUCACUCAUACCGGACAGGUGUAUGAUGAAAAUGACGUUAGAAGAGCAAGAUUUGUUGGGAGGCAAAAAGAGGUGAAUGAAAACUUUGCGAUCAACCUGGUAGCCGAGGAGCCGGUGACUGAUGUGGGAGUGCGAGUGAUUUCAUGUGACGGAGGUGGAGGAGCUCUUGGCCACCCCAAAGUUUACAUCAACUUGGACAAAACGACCAAAGUGGGCACGUGUGGUUACUGUGGACUCCAGUUUCAGCAGAAACACCAUCAUUAAAACACAGCUUCUGUUCACCUGUCUGCUUAAAAUACAUAAAUUAUUCCCUUUCACUGGUGUGUUAUGGUUUCCUGUAUAAUAAAAUCAUACAACUGUUAAACAA